AACCUCGUUCGCAGCGUCUGUUGUCUCUUUUAUUGCCGUCCCCCCAGAGGGUCAGAAAAGAUACAAGAUGCCCUGGGGACGAGGUUGAAAGCAGGAAACUCACCAAAAUUUAAACUUAAACUUGCGUUCAAAAGAAUUAUAUUUUCUGUAUUUUGCACUCAGCUUUUGUCAGGCCUAGAAGAAAAUAUGAACACCUUAUCUAGAUAAAUAUUUUGCCCCAGUACUUGUGGUUCUACCAGGAUCCACAAAAUACAUUGGGCGCCAGAAUGGCAAAUUUUAAAAUUCGUUACGUAAUUUGAAUUUGUCAAUUUUCACUGGUAAUUUUCAAAGCAGACCCAGGAUUUUAUAGCGCACUUAAGUUAUUUGGUCAAACUCAUACCCUAAAAAUGUGAAUCUAUUUGUUACUGACGUGUCAAUAUGAAACUUUUUACGUGGACUACUCUGUAAUCCCAUCAUGUUAGAAAGCGGGAUAUUAGCACGAUACUUAUCUACCUUACUGCGAAGUGUUGGGGAGUAGAUGCUUUUUGUUAACUUUAAAAGUUGGCUAGAAAACCUUCGCUUGAUAUUAUCUUAAAUCUUUGGAGAAUUUUUUGCGCUUCUUUUAUUUUCACACAAAAGCAUUUAAUUCCCGUGCAUUCAAUCAUUAACUAAACUGCUUCCAUGCUAUUAUUUUUAAUGUUGGUAAACUUAGCUAUCCAAAAGGUUAAGAAAAUAUUUUAGAAAUAUUUGCGUUAAAUCAUUCCAACUUCGUAGCCAGGGCCGCAGACUUUGUUUUACAUCGGCCGUUAAUUCCGAAUCAGCUUUACGAUGUUUAGCUUUUCCUGGUAAAGUUGGAGAAAAAGGUAGGCAAAAAUAUUUAUAUGGGAUGCUCUCAUACUUUUGGGGCAAUAACUUUUAAAAACAUGGUUCUAAAGUAUACGGAGUUUAGGAUGAACUAGGUAAAAAGAAAUUCAGAAUGUGGUAAAAAAUCGCUUGAAGAUUAUAAAUAUUAAAUCUCAUGCAAACUAUGAAAAUAUAAAAGUGAAAAAAUAGGGGAAGGAAAUCUCGAUGAAUUAAAAUUAUGUAAAACUCUUCUGUAAUUGGAGAAAUCAUUAAAAUAAAUAUGUUCUCUUUAUGUCGGCUUGGAAAUGAACACAAAAGUUAAUGGGCUAAUUUUUAGUUUUUUCAAAGAAGGUUAGGCAAACAGAAUAUUUAAUAAGAUUUUAAAUUACCGAUCCUAUCAUUUAUAAAAAUCGUUUAAACGAAAAAUAUUAAAGCUUGUCCUUUAGUGCAGGUAAGUAAGUAUAUGUUCUGAUAUAUUUAUGCGCUGUUAUUUUAAUUUUAUUUUCGUGCCACUCCAUGUCGAAGAUUUACCACGUUAACUCAGUUAAGAAAAAAAUGGACGGAUACUUGAGCGAAAAUUCAAUGGCGCAAAAUAGAUUUUACAUGAUUUGCAAAAUUUUUUUAUCCGCAUGAAACUGCAUUUAGAGUUUUCUUGACAACUUUGGAAAAAAAAUCGCUUUGGCACUUAAUGUCGACUUAUUUUUAAUCUUUAAACAAAUUCUCCAGUUAAUCUGCGCUAAAACAAUCUCUUCUGCAGAACUCUUUGAUAAACCUUGGAAGUAACACUGAACCCGUCUGCUCACAUGAUUCAACGUCGUCCCCCAAGGGUUCUUAUUUUUUUGGCAUCUAGGCCGGUUAAACGUCAAGUAAGCGCUAGUGGCUUUGUGUGUGCUAUUGUAAAGGUGAAACGUUGGGAUUUUUGUGUUGUAAUAAAUACAAGUGAAAAGUUAUGACAGACGGUAAUAAAGAACUAAUUGGAAGAGCUCGUUUGAAGCCUCUAUCUUUCAGUCUUUCAGCUCCAGUAAGUUGCGAAUCAAACAGUCUCGUAUCACACAAACCUCUUAGGGGUUUAAAAUGGAGGACUCGAAGUGAAGAGGAAAAAGAGCCUGAACGCGAACUCAGACUAACAAAUUCAAUAUAUAGGCCACUUCAAUGUAGCAAAUCAUUUGAGCUGAAUGUGGGGGGAAUUACAUACGUCGUGUCAAAAGGGACAUUAUCACGUGAAAACUCGUUGCUAAGUAACUUCCCAGAAAUUUCAAAAGUUAGAGAUCAGCAAGGCAGAAUUUUUAUUGAUAGAAACGGUGAUUUGUUUGCAUUCGUUCUCGAUUACUUACGAACAGGUGAACUGUCUGUACCGUCUGGAUACACUGAGCUGUCAAUUUUAUUAGCCGAAGCGAAUUUUUACAAGCUAACAAAUUUGUCUUGGUUACUACAAAACCAAAUAGAUGCGAGACGAUUUAAAGGUUCGUUUGUAACUAUUACCGAGCAUUCAGCAUAUAACACGCGGACUAGAGAUAAUAUUGAACUUGUGUUCAGAAGGACUUCCUUAAUUUCGGUUGCUGGUCACGUUGGAACUUGUCGUGCCAUAUUUGGUCCAUCACUUAGCAUGGACCGGGAUUCAAACGUUGAGAGCGACCGAUAUUCAUGCCGAAUGUUAAUCAUGCACACCACAACAAUUUGUUGUUUUGAGAGAUUGCAAACAAAUGGUUUCGAUUUGCAAGCCACUAACCAGUUUACGACGGCCCUUGGCAAAACGAGUCAACAAAAUGGCGGAGAUAAAUCAAACCGUCGGAAUCAUGUCACGAACUAUUUAUUCAUGUUUCGUGGAUCCAACAAGAAAAAAUAUGUAACGUAACGCUCCUGCUCGUUUUUUUUUCUUAUAAGAAACAAAAAUUAAGAGACACGAGGCCUGACAUUACAAGAACUGUUGACAGCUUCUUGAAAUAUAGACAACAUUAAAAAUGUAUUACAUAGUUUCAGCUACAAAAUUCUUUUAAAGGUCAAGUUCUAUAAAUGUUCACUAAAUCUCCCUCGAGUAUAUCUAUUUUUAAUGAAGUCAGGAAUUGCUUUGUUAGUUUUCCAAAAAAAAUUCGUUAAUGGCUGCUACCAUUUUCACUUACGGCAGACAGACAGACGACGGUAUAGUCGUUAGCUCGUAGAGAAAUCUACAGGGUCGCUUUUCCUCAAAAUUUGUUGCAACAAAAUGGAUUAAAAAUACAUCGCAUUUGCUGUUUCUUGUUUUCUUACCAUGAUUUUUUUCACACAGACAGAAACAGGUUAAUAUAGAGAUUUAUCAAUUUAAUUACUUUUGCGGAAAAUAAUAGAGAAUUUAAAUUCCAAGGGCAACGAAAUGUGUAAAAACACGAAUUGUCGGACUUAUCGGACAAAAUUUAGUCAUUUUUUUGUCAACCUUGGAGAAUGUCCUUACUCUAAUAUGUUUUGUCCAAUAAGGUAGCACACCUUCAGCCAUCGUCAACAAAAUCUUGCUGAAAAACGUUUUACUAAAAUUGGGUGCAAUUAAUUUUUAGAAAUCAACUUAGGGGAGGAUCGGGAAUUAACACAAAAAUAUGUUGGACGAAAACUUAGCCUUUGAAAAGGAUGUGUAACCACUCUCUGACAGCCAAAUUAUUAGGAAUAGGUAACGAAUUAAAGUGUUUAUUUCCUCUAACACAGUAUAUGGCGAAAACGUUAAAAAACGAACCUGUAAGUUGUAUUUAUUUAUGUGGAGUUUAAAGUUUUCGUCCAAAAA